AAAGAAAAAUAUUAAACUAUCUUAAAUAAAUGAAGGCCACAUUUAAAUUUAUUAUAGAUACAUUUGCCAUGUAUCCUGUUUUGUUCGUUUUUUUCUUUGUUGACCUCGGUAAUACAUAAAAAUGAAUCGAGGCAAUCCUGCUGGUUCUGCCAGUUCGCUAACACGUUUGUAUCACGCACUACGCACGCUUUUGAUCUGUAAUUUACAUUAAAAAACAGGACACACCUCUAAAACCAGAAUCUAAGCGCUGACGCACGACCAAUCACGCUUCGUCAUGUAAAACGACGAGCCCCUGUGGAGUAAAUGGAAAGUUUUAUAAGAAUAAAAUACUUUUCUACCAUCUGUUACAAAAUAGUUUUUAAAAAAAUAGUCAUUUCAUAAUCGUCAUUUAUAUCGAACAAAUAUUUUACUAUUGCUUUAUUUUAGCAUAAGUAAAAUAAGUCACUCCUUUCCUUCAGUUAUUCAAAAAGGCGCGGCAAAAUUAACUCCAAGUCGCAAGAACAAUAAAAAAACAAAUAUUUAAUUCAUCUAACUUUUUUAAAUGCGAAAAGAAUGUGUAAUAUCUUUAUAGUGGUAGUCUUAUGUUAUCUAUAAUUAUAUUCUAUUCUGCACGUUUGUCAUGCAAAAUUAAUACGAGAUAGAAGUAAUGGGAAACAAUAAUUAUUCGCAACAAAAUAUCGUUUUGAAUUUUACGUUAUCAAUUGUAAUUAAUAAAAUGUACAAAUGUACUUUCAACAUAUACUUUAAAUGCAUUGAUAUAAUAUCGCGUACCUAAGAGAGAAUACUAAGAGAACAUUAAUGUGUAUCUAAAGUGAAUUAAAUUAUAUAACUGAAAAUAAAUAAAUUUUUUCAGUAUACGGUAAUAUUUAAAAAAAAAGAUAGCCCUGAAAUAGUAAUUGCGAGACGCGCCUAUGAAGAAAAUUGCCAGAUGAUCGUGGAUAAUCCUGAAAAGUAUAUUACCAAUAAUAUUAUACAACUGAUUUACAUUUCACAAUUUUAAAAGAAUGCGACACAAACAGGCCUCCGUGCUCAGCCAAUCAGUGAUCAGGAUAUAGACUCGCGCUUAUAUUUAAGGAAGGUGCGCUUCCGAUUAAGAACUAUGAAAAAGAAAUCAUUUACUAGCUCGCUCUAACUUUUCCGCAAGUAUUCGAUAUGGCAGCCAGUUAUUACUGCGCUAGAUUAGGUUUCGAACCUUUGGCUUAUCGUGGUUUAGAAACUGGAUCCAGGCGCGUGGCAUCGCACGUUGUUAAACAAAAUCAAAUCAUUUUUGUAUUCGAAUCAGCCUAUGAACCAAAUAACGAAGAAAUGGCAAGCCAUCUUUCCCAACACGGAGACGGUGUUCGUGAUAUUGCUUUUAACGUUCAGGAUAUAGACACCAUUGUGAAAUACGGGGAUACAUAUCAUACACUAAUAGACAGAUCCAAAUAUAAAGGAUUCUUUUUGCCAGGAUUCCAAACGUUACCGGAAGAUCCGCUUUCAAAGACUCUGUACGAACAAUGUUUGCAGUUUCAUCGAUUCUGGUCAGUAGAUGAUACUCAACUGCACACAGAAUAUUCAGCUCUGCGUUCCAUCGUAAUGACGAAUUGGGAAGAAACGGUGAAAAUGCCUAUUAACGAACCUGCUCCUGGCAAGAAACGUUCUCAAAUCCAGGAAUACGUCGAAUAUUAUGGAGGGGCAGGAGUGCAACACAUUGCUCUCAAUACAAACAACAUAAUUACGGCUAUACAGAAUCUGCGAGCCAGAGGAGUAGAAUUUCUGGAUGUUCCAGACACUUACUACGAUAUGUUAAGAAGUCGUUUGAAAAACAAUGGUAUAAAAAUCUUGGAGGAUAUUAACAUACUUCAGAAAUUAAAAAUUUUGAUCGAUUAUGAUGAAAAUGGGUAUCUUUUACAAAUAUUUACCAAAAAUAUGCAAGAUCGUCCGACACUUUUCAUAGAAGUCAUUCAAAGACGUAAUCACAAUGGAUUUGGAGCUGGAAACUUCCAAGCAUUGUUUGAAGCUAUAGAAAUGGAACAAGCUAAACGCGGCAAUUUGUAACUCUCCAAUUCUUAAUAAUUACGUCAAUUGAGAUAACAUACAAUUAUAUAAUGUAUAGCAAUCUUUUUUUAAAAAUCAUGCCUCCAAUCUCUACUAGAUUAAAAUUUCUUUAUAUUGCAAGUUGUAAAAUAGAAACUAUUAUUGUGUUAUUAAUUCCAAAUAUUGUAUUUUAUGGCCAAUCUUUGUUCUACAAAAAUACACGUAGUAUGAGGAGAUAAAAUAUGUAACAUACAAUUUGAAAAAGUAAUAAUCAUGAAAAUCAAAUAUUAUAUAUAUAAUGAUUUACUAUAUUACGUUUAUUAUAUUACGUUAUAUUAUAUCAUAAGCAUGUAAGCAACAACAGGUACAGUUAAAAAAAACAAAAACAUGAAAAUUAUUAAACUGUAUUUAUUUUUAAUGCUCUUUUCUUUCUUUUGUGGCCAAGAUAUAAGCAAAUGUUUUUCAUAUAAAAACUGCAGUAUCUAGAAAGAAUGGAAUAAUAUGUGAUGAUAAAGGAUAUUAAGGAGAAAGUAGCUCACUUAUUUUAAUCUCUGGGGAGUCCAUGGCUCAGAUACCUGUCUGCUAUUAACUGUGAUGAACUCGCAGACAUUUUUCUUCAUGCACUAUCAUGAAUGCCAAGUCGGAAGAUGUCAUGCUGACAGAAAAAUGAAUUCCCCAGUGGCUUCAACACAAAAAUCUGUGAGAAGGCAUGUGGUGGAUCUUCAUCUGCCUACAUCUUCAAGAUGGUGAAGAUUAUGAAAACAGGUAAAGUCGUAUUGGUCCUUAGUGGCCGAUAUGCAGGAAGAAAAGCUAUCAUUAUGCGGAAUUAUGAUGAUGGAACUACAGAAAAACAAUAUGGACAUGCAAUGGUAGCAGGUAUUGACAGAUAUCCACGUAAAGUUCAUAAAAGAAUGGGCAAAGCAAAAAUUCAUAAACGAUCCAAGAUCAAGCCAUUUGUAAAAGUACUGAAUUAUAAUCAUUUGAUGCCAACAAGAUAUACUGUAGAUUUACAUUGGGAUAAAGUAACACCUAAAGAUCUUAAAGAUCCAAUGAAACGUAAAAAGAUUCGAUUUCAAACACGUGUUAAAUUUGAAGAAAAGUAUGUAUAUCUAAAUUUAUUGCAAAUAUUCCUUUAAUAACUAUUUAAUAAAUAGACCAGUGAUAUUAUUUAUUUUUAGGUAUAAAUCUGGUAAAAAUAAAUGGUUCUUCCAAAAACUGCGAUUUUAAUUAAAUUUAAAUAAAUAUACAAUUUACAAGUAUUCCAAGUGUAGUAUUUAUAUCUAUUUUCCUAUUCCAAAAUAAAAAAGAAACAACUUUUUAUAGAUAUACUUGAAAAGCAUGAUUCUAUUUUAUUUUUAAUGUUUAUACAUUAAUGAAUUUUUUUCUACAAGGAUACAACACAUAUUUUUUAAAAUAUUAUAUUUAAAAAACCAAAAGUUAUAUAAAAAAUAUUUUAAAAAUAAUACAUGAUAAGGUACAUUAAAUCAUGAAUAAGUUAAAAAUAUAUUUAGAGAAUAUUAGUAAAUAAUAUAAUUUAAUAAAUAUAUAUUAAACAAAUUGAAUCAUCAUAAUCUGUAUCGAAAAUUUCAACCAUAUUCUUAAAUCAUCACUUGUUAAGCUUUUUAAUACGUUCAUCUAAUGAUUCUAUGUUGUUUUUUAUAAUUUCUAAAUUUGAUGCAAAGCUCUCUUGUACUCCUUUUAAAAGAGAUUUAUUACUGUCCAAGUCAGAUGUUAUUUGUGAUUGCAAUUCCUCUAAACGUGUUAGAGAUUUGUUGAAUGUAGCAGCUAAAAGAUACAUCAAAAAAUUGUAUUUGUUAAAAGGAAAACGUUACGAAUAUAUUUAGAUACAUACCUUGUUGGUGAAUAGUAUUUAAAGCCAACAUUCGAUUUACCGUUUGUGGUAAAAUUUGUGUCAUAGUUUCCGUCUGUUUCAUAAUAUCAUACAUUUCCGAAAUCUAAAAUCGAAAUUUAGAUCAAAUAGUUCUUUAGUUAUUUUCAAUUGUUAAUGUUGAAUUUUUAUAAAUAAAUUCAUUUAAAUAUUUACAAGAAAAUAUAUACUUUUUGCUCUUGUUCUGAAUCUAAUGUUAAUGCAGCCUUCUUUUGUGCAAUAUUAUCCAUUCUAUGAAUUAAUGUAGCUAAUCGGCUUUCAAUUAUAUCUAGUUGGUAUGUAUCUAAUAAUGCAGCUUUUGCUCCUAAUUCUUGGAGAGCUUCCAUUACACCUUGUCCUUUAAGAUUCUACAAAAAAAAAAGAAUAUAUUACUUAUAUACACUUAUAUAUGAUUGAAAUGCGAUUAAGUAUUAUAAUUAUAUGAUGUGAAAAUUACAUACCUGUGAAAAUUUUGAAAGCUUAUCACUUGUUGUUCCUAUUACACUUUCUAAAUUACAAAGCCUUUGUUCAAGUAAUGCAAUCCUCGCUGCUUCCUGCAUUCUUGCUUUUUCUGGAAGAUACAUCAUCUGAUACUUGAGUACACCAGGUUCUGUUGUUUUAUCAUCUUUUGCAUUCUGUGCCUUUGAAUCAGUUUCAGAUGUGAGAAUACUAGUCUGCUUGAAUGCUUCUAUUUGCGAUAUCAGUUGUCUAAAAUAUUCAUUAGUAAAAGAAACAUUUCCACUUUAAACACUUUCUUGCAAUACAAGUGAACUUACUUCAUUCUUGUGCCUUGCGGAUCCGAGAGACUUGCGACAAGAUCAGCUCCAAGACAUUCUUCUAAUUUCAAGGAAUCUAAUUGCUUUCCUAAGAGUUGCACUUGAGAAAUUAUAUCAGCAACAGAUUUCACUUCUUCCUCUUUUGACUUUUCCUACAUAACAAAUGGAUACGAUGAAAUAUUCAUUUACAUCUAUGUUUUCAACGAUAUGUCACAUCGUGGGGCAAAUUUUAAAAAUUAAUAUUAAUAAAAAUAUUCAAAUAUUAAUAAACAUAUCGAUACCUUUAGAUCAUUUAUUUCUUCGUACAAUUCUUUAAUCUCACAUUGCAAGCGUUGGUACUUUUGAAUGGGAGUUUCUUUCUCAUCUUCUCCAGGUAAUUCCCAAUCUCCAAAUCUAAAAUUUUAAUAUAUAUUCAAUAAGCAUUUCUUAUCUUACAUUUUCUCGUUUAAAUUAACUUACUUAUAGCCAGUUCUUGGUUUGA